AUGAGGAGCCUCAUCCUCGCACUCGCACUCGCCAGGCUCACCGCCCCCCAGGCCAUCCGCACCGGCAAGACCCCAAACACCUUCGAGGUCGUCGGCCACUCGGGCGCAUCCGCACAGAUGAUGUUCCUCGGCACCCCCACAAAGACCUACGUCGUCGACAAGGUCGAGAACAACGAACUGAAACUGAACGGCCUGCCCGUCUGGGGAACAUCCUACGACACCGAAUCAAACACCGCCACACCCAUGCCGAUCAACAGUAAUACCUUCUGUGCAGGCGGCAAUGUGCUCGGAAACGGCACUUGGCUCAACGUCGGUGGGAACCUGGCUGUCUCAUAUGGAGGCUUGAACGUAGCCAACAACAUCGACCCCUACAAAAACAAGGAUGGGGGUAAAUCCAUGCGGCUCCUCAACCCUUGCAACGACAACUCUUGCCAGUGGGGCGAAUCCACACCGAUGACAACACGGAGAUGGUAUCCGACCCUAGAAACGCUCGAAGACGGCUCAAUCAUCAUCAUUGGAGGGGACGACUGGGGAGGCUAUGUGAACGACAAGGGCCAAAACAACCCCACCUACGAGUUCUUCCCCUCCAAGGGCAACGUCACCGGCCUCAACCUUCUAGCCAUCUCUCUGCCUGCCAAUCUGUACCCAUUGACUUGGCUGCUACCUUCCGGCAAUCUUUUCAUCAACUCGAACUGGAAUAACGCAAUCUUGGACUACAAAACAAACACGGAAUUCCAAAUCCCCAACGUCCCCCACGCCGUUCGGACCUACCCCGGCUCGGCUGCAAACGCCAUGUUGCCCUUGACCCCGGCCAACAACUGGACAGCCUCGAUUAUUUUCUGUGGUGGAACGAAUCUGCAACCCGAUCAGUGGAAGUUAGACUGGAACAUUGCCGCGUACCCAGCCGAUGCGACAUGCGUCCGGAUCACGCCUGAUGUGGAUACUAAUUGGCGCGACGACGACUCCCUGCCGGAGGGCCGGUCGAUGGGCAACUUCAUCUUCCUCCCCGACGGACGGCUGUUCUUGCUGAACGGGAUCUCCAAGGGCACGGCCGGGUACGGCAACACCAGUUGGGCCCUUGGCCAAAGCUUCGGAGACGGCCCCAUAUACCAGCCCGCUUAUUUCGACCCCAACGCGCCCCAGGGGUCCAGAUGGUCCAGGCCGUCCGACUUGAAGCCGAGUACAGUGGCCCGGAUGUACCACAGUGUGGCUCUUUUGUUGCCUGAUGGAUCGAUCCAGUCCUCCGGAUCCAACCCCAAUGCCGAUUAUGUUCCUCCUGGAACCCCGGGAUACCCCUACUUCACCGAAUACAAAGUGGAGCGAUUCUACCCCGAUUACUACAACAAACCCCGCCCCAAGCCCACCGGUCUUCCAAAUACGAUCAGCUAUGGCGGUAACUUUUUCGACUUGAAAUUGUCCAAGGAGGAUAUCAGUGCCAGCGACGCUCUCGAGCAAACCAAAGUGGUCAUUAUUCGCCCCGGGUUCUCGACGCAUGCCAUCAACAUGGGACAGCGCUACGUCCAGUUGAGCUCGACAUACGAGACGAACCCGGACGGCUCAGCAACCCUGCACGUGUCGCAGCUGCCGCCGAACCCAGCGGUGCUUGCGCCGGGGCCGGCGUUCAUCUAUGUGGUCGUGAAGGGCGUGCCGUCGAUCGGCGCGAUGGUGAUGGUUGGCAACGGCCAGCUCGGGCCGCAGCCGACGGCGCCGCUGCCCUCUCUGCCCGGGAAGGUGCCCGCGAUCGUCCAGAAGACGGAGACGGCGGCCGAGAUGGGGUCUGUUGCCGGCGGCAAGAUCGCGGCCAAGAAGGCCGCGUCCUGUCGCCAGGCGUCGGCCGAGCUCUCCGGCCUCCUCUCCGUCGCUGCCCUGGCUGCCGUCGCCAACUGGCUCCUCUAA